GAAUAAACUGGGUGCAGUCACAUAUACUGCGAUCAGAAAGGAAGUUUCAAAAUAAAACAAAUUCUGAAACAAAAUGAAUAUGCAGCAACGUGAAGAAAAACAACUUGAAAACACAAUACAGGCAAUAUUGAUAAGAGUCAAUGAUUUAAAAAGUGCGAUACAAUCACUUAUUACAAAAUUGGAAACUGAAUAUGAAACAAUCAACUGGCCUACAUUUUUGGAUAAUUAUGCUAUUUUAUCCGGACAUCUAACUGCUUUAAGUAAAAUCUUGCAAGCUGAAUUAGCCUCAUCCCUGAGGUCCCGAAUAGUGUUACCACUGCAACUUGGCUGUGAACGUGAUGAAGCAUUAGCACGGUUGACAGAAGGGAGAGUUCCUGCAUGUACUCAUGAUUUAGUACCAGAUUUAUUAAGAACUAAGCCUGAACCACAAGCCGAACAAAGAUUACAGCAGUUCAAUCAUAAAGCUAGCACACUUAGCUAUGAUACUGCUCAGAAACAAGUAGCACAGUUUGCUAAAGUUGUAAGUCAUGUGUGGGAAAUCAUCUCUAAGGGUCGCGAAGAUUGGGAAGGAGAAUCUAUGAGAUCGGCAGGAAUACAACCAACCCACAUUCUUGCGGACACACAUGCUCUUGUAACUGCGGUGGGAACCGGCAAAGGUUUACGGCCGGGUAUGCCAUCUAUCGUUCCGGCGGGUAUAGGAGCUCCCGGGAUGGGACCAUCGCGCGGACCCGCACCGCAAAUGGGGCCAUCUGCACCUUCCCUACCAAAAGCACCUUCUGCUAUCAAGACAAACAUCAAAUCUGCAAAUCAAAUCCAUCCUUAUCGAUAAGACUAUUUUACAUGUUCUAUUAAUUUCUAAGAGUAUAUUAAAACUUAAAAUAAAAGUGCUAGCGUCUCGUAAAUGGAUGCCGCAAAUUAAAUGAUGCUACAGUUGGAUUCAACUAGGAUGACGCAUGGUCUUGGUGAAUCGUCGUUUACGCUGAGCAGAUCUACCAGUUCCGACGAUGUCCUAACGUAUGAUUGAAAUGCACGAGCCCUUUUUUUUCCAUAAGGUGUAACAAUUCACCAUUCUGCCAGUCAUGAGGAUUGACCAAAAAUUGCCGCGCUUCGGAAUGUGAUCUUCUACGCACAUACAUCGGUGAACCACAUUAGUUGUAACUUAUUGUAAAUUUUCGUGACGAAUAAGAUGCGUCGCUUAGAACUUUAGAAUAUCGCCAUCUUAUGGAAACCCUUACAUUGUAUCAUCGUAAGUGGACUAAACAUCUUAGUAUAAGCUUUGUAAAAUUCAUUUUAUCUUUUAAAAUAGUUUUGAUUUGCAAAUGUUUGAUAAUUAUUUUACUUACUGUGAAAUAUAUUUGUAUGAUUAUUUAAAUUUUUUUCUUUGUUAACCUUUCCAUGAUAAUUUGCAGUUGUUAUUGAAUAA